CGGGCGAACAUGGCGGCCCCCGAGUCAGGGCUGGCUGCGAGUGCGGGCACUUCUGAGGGCGAGGAGGAGACGAUCCUCUAUGACCUGCUGGUCAACACCGAGUGGCCACCCGAGACGGAAGUACAGCCUAGAGGUAACCGAAAGCAUGGAGCAUCAUUUAUCAUCACAAAAGCAAUCAGAGAUCAUUUAUUAUUUUUACGCCAAUACAUCUGGUACAGCCCUGCACCCUUUUUGCUCCCUGAUGGACUGAUUCGAUUGGUUAAUAAACAGAUAAACUGGCAUUUGGUACUUGCGAGCAAUGGAAAACUUUUGGCUGCUGUUCAAGAUCAGUGUGUAGAGAUAAGGUCUGCCAAAGAUGACUUUACUUCCAUUAUUGGGAAAUGUCAAGUUCCAAAAGACCCAAAGCCCCAGUGGAGACGGGUAGCAUGGAGUUACGAUUGCACGCUGCUGGCCUAUGCUGAAAGCACAGGAACUGUGAGAGUGUUUGAUCUCAUGGGAAGUGAACUAUUUGUCAUCUCUCCGGCAUCUAGUUUUGUUGGUGAUUUGAGCUAUGCCAUUGCUGGGUUGAUAUUUUUAGAAUACAAAGCAAGUGCACAGUGGUCUGCAGAACUCCUGGUCAUCAAUUACCGGGGAGAACUUAGAAGUUACCUUGUGAGUGUGGGAACAAAUCAGAGCUACCAAGAGAGUCACAGUUUCAACUUCAGUACUUACUAUCCUCAUGGAAUAAACACUGCUAUUUACCACCCUGGUCAUAGACUUCUGCUGGUUGGUGGAUGUGAGACUACAGACAUGGGCACAGCAACGGCGGCUGGCUGCGGCCUUUCUGCAUGGAGAGUUCUUUCGGGAUCACCUUAUUACAAGCAGGUCACUAAUGGCGGAGAUAGGGUUACUACGGUACCGAAGACACUGGGAUUAUUAAGGAUGUUAAGUGUCAAGUUGUACAGUCGCCAGGGACAAGAACAGGAUGGAAUCUUCAAGAUGAGCCUUUCCCCACAAGGAAACCUCCUUGCCGCCAUUCAUUUCUCAGGGAAACUUAGCAUCUGGGCCAUCCCAUCUCUGAAGCAACAAGGAAUAUGGCAUCAAAAUGAGCAGCCAGGUUAUGAUGACCUUAAUCCUAACUGGAGGCUCUUUACUGAGAAGAGAAAAAAAAUGAAAGAUAAAGAGUCCUUUUACCCACUGAUAGAUGUCAGUUGGUGGGCCAAUGGUGCAGUGACUUUGGCUCGAUGCUCUGGUGCUCUAACUGUGUCCUCAGUGAGAACGCUGAAGAAUUUGCUGGGCAAAUCUUGUGAAUGGUUUGAGCCAUCACCUCAAGUUACCGCUGCCCAUGACGGGGGAUUUUUAAGUUUGGAGUGUGAGAUUAAACUUGCCCCCAAACGCUCUCGUUUAGACAUGAGGGCUGGAGAAGAUGAUGAGGGGGGAGAGGAUUCUGACUCUGAUCAUGAAACAUCUGCCAAGGCCCGCUACUUUGGGUACAUAAAACAGGGUCUUUACUUGGUGACUGAAAUGGAACGAUUUGCACCUCCGCGGAAACGCCCACGAACCAUUACUAAGAACUACCGCCUUGUGAGUUUGCGCUCUACGACUCCAGAGGAGCUUUAUCAGAGAAAGAUUGAAAGUGAAGAGUAUGAGGAAGCCUUGUCUUUGGCUCAUACCUAUGGCCUGGACACUGAUCUCGUGUAUCAGAGGCAGUGGAGGAAGUCAGCGGUCAACCUUGCUUCAAUUCAGAAUUAUUUGAGUAAAAUAAAGAAGCGAUCCUGGGUUCUCCAUGAAUGUCUGGAGAGAGUUCCUGAAAAUGUGGAUGCUGCAAAAGAACUGCUUCAGUAUGGAUUGAGAGGCACAGACCUGGAGGCUCUUCUAGCAAUAGGGAAAGGAACAGAUGAUGGCAGGUUUACAUUACCUGGUGAAGUAGACAUUGACAGUAUCUCCUAUGAGGAGCUUUCGCCACUGAGUGAACAGCCUGCCAAGAACAAAAAGGAAAAGGAGCUUAAGAAGAGACGAGAACUGCUGAAAUUAGUGAAUUUUUCAAAGUUGACGCUGGAACAAAAGGAACUUUGCCGCUGUAGACUGAAAUUGUUAACUUACUUGGAUCGACUUGCAACAUAUGAGGAAAUCCUGGGAGUGCCUCAUGCAUCUGGACAGAGAUAUGAUGCUGAGUUCUUUAAGAAGUUUAGAAGUCAGAAUAUUGUUCUCUCAGCAAGAACUUAUGCUCGGGAAAGUAAUGUCCAAGCCCUAGAAAUUCUAUUUACCUAUCAUGGCUCCGACCUUCUUCCUCAUCGUCUUGCAAUUCUCUCCAACUUUCCAGAAACUACUUCUCCACAUGAAUAUUCUGUUUUGCUGCCCGAAGCUUGUUGCAGUGGUGAUUCCUUGAUGAUCGUUCCUUGGCAUGAACAAAAACACCGAGCUAAAGACUGGUGCGAGGAAUUGGAGUGCAGAAUGGUUGUAGAGCCGAGUCUCCAAGAUGAAAGUGAAUUUUUGUAUGCCGCCCAGCCUGAGUUACUGAGGUACAGGACAACCCAGCUUGCAGUUGAGAAGGCUAUGGACUGGUAUCAGAGGAGAGCGGAAGAGAUAGAGCACCAUGCCGGGCAGGUCGACUGUGCGUUGUCACUUAUUCGACUUGGAAUGGAGCGGCAUAUUCCUGGUUUGCUAGUUCUGUGUGAUAAUUUGGUUACUUUGGAAACACUGGUUUAUGAAGCUGGUUGUGACUUAACCCUAACCUUGAAAGAACUCCAGCAGAUGAAAGACAUUGAAAAACUAAGAUUACUGAUGAAUGGCUGUUCUGAAGACAAAUAUGUGACAAGUGCCUACCAAUGGAUGGUUCCGUUUCUCCAUCGCUGUGAGAAACAGUCUCCCGGUGUAGCUAAUGAGCUAUUAAAAGAAUAUUUAGUAACUUUAGCUAAAGGGGAUUUAAAAUUUCCCCUGAAGAUAUUUCAGCAUUCCAAACCAGAUCUGCAGCAAAAAAUUAUUCCUGAUCAGGAUCAGUUGAUGGCAAUAUCACUAGAGUGCAUCUAUAACUGUGAACGAAAUGAUCAACUCUCUCUUUGCUACGACAUCUUAGAAUGUCUGCCACAAAGAGGAUAUGGUCAUAAGACAGAGCUAACCACGACUCUUCACGACAUGGUAGACCAACUGGAACAAAUUCUCAGUGUGUCAGAGCUUUUGGAAAAACAUGGUCUUGAGAAACCGAUUUCAUUUGUUAAGAACACUCAGUCUAGCUCUGAAGAGGCUCGCAAGCUGAUGGUUAGAUUGACCAGGCACACCGGUCGGAAGCAGCCGCCUGUCAGUGAGUCUCAUUGGAGAACCUUGCUGCAAGACAUGUUAACUAUGCAGCAGAAUGUGUACACAUGUCUAGAUCCUGAUGCUUGCUAUGAGAUAUUUACAGAAAGUCUGCUGUGCUCUAGUCGCCUUGAGAACAUCCACCUCGCUGGGCAGAUGAUGCACUGCAGUGCUUGUUCAGUAAAUUCUCCAGUCAGCAUGACCCAGAAGGGAAAAAUCCAGUACAGGGUCAGUUACAAGAAGAGUAUUGACUUGGUUUUGGCUGCCAGCAGAGAGUACUUCAACUCUUCCACCAAUCUUACUGAUAGCUGCAUGGAUCUGGCCAGAUGCUGUUUACAGCUGAUAACAGAUAAGCCUGCUGCCAUUCAAGAGGAACUAGACCUUAUCCGGGCCCUUGGAUGUCUUGAAGAAUUUGGGGUAAAGAUACUGCCUUUGCAAGUGCGAUUGUGCUCGGAUCGGAUCAGCCUCAUCAAGGAGUGUAUUUCCCAGUCCCCCACCUGCUACAAACAAUCUGCCAAGGUUCUAGGUCUUGCUGAGUUGCUGAGGGUUGCAGGUGAAGACGCAGAAGAAAGGCGUGGACAGGUUCUAAUCCUUUUAGUAGAGCAAGCACUUCAUUUCCAUGACUACAAAGCAGCCAAUAUGCAUUGUCAGGAGCUGAUGGCUGUAGGCUAUGCUAAGAGUUGGGAUGUUUGUAGCCAGUUGGGACAAUCAGAAGAUUACCAGGACUUGGCCACCCGGCAGGAGCUUAUAGCUUUUGCUCUGACGCAUUGCCCUCCUAGCAGCAUUGAACUGCUUUUGGGAGCUAGCAGCUCUCUACAGGCAGAAAUUCUUUAUCGAAGAGUGAAUUUCCAGAUCUGUCCUGAAGGAGGAGAAAAUAUCAACGUCUCACCAUUGAUUACUAAAGCACCACACGAGGAUGAAAUAAGCAUUCCAGGCAGCAGCUCAGCAGACCUCUUACACUGGACUACUGCCACCACCAGGAAAGUCCUUUCCAACACUACGACCACCACCAAGGCAGUGCUGCAGGCUGUCAGCGAUGGGCAGUGGUGGAAGAAGUCUUUGACCUACCUCCGACCCCUGCAAGGGCAAGAAUUUGGUGGUGCUUAUCGAAUUGGAACUGUAGCCAACGAAGAUCUGGAGAAACAAGGGUGUCAUCCCUUUUAUGAAUCGGUCAUCUCUAAUCCCUUUGUCAAUGGGUCCGCAGUGACCUAUGACACCUGUCAGCAUGCGCCAGCAGAAAGCUUUGCAGAAGUUCUGCUGAGAACCGGGAAACUGGCAGAGGCUAAAACUGAAGGAGAAGAAGUAUUUCCAACCACAGAAGUUCUUUUACAACUGGCAAGCGAUGCUUUGCCAAAUGACAUGACCUUGGCUCUCGCAUACCUCCUUGCCUUACCACAGGUGUUAGAUGCUAACAGGUGCUUUGAGAAGCAGUCCCACUCUGCAUUGUCUCUCCAGCUGGCAGCCUAUUACUAUAGCCUGCAGAUCUAUGCCCGACUGGCUCCAUGUUUCAGGGACAAGUGCCAUCCACUCUACAGGGCCGAUCCCAAAGAGCUAAUCAAGACAGUCACUAGGCAUGUGACUCGACAUGGAUGUGAAGCCUGGCCUGAGGAUCUUGUUUCACUGACCGAGCAGUUACACUACUACAAUGAGCGCCUCCUGGACUUCACUCAGGCACGAUUACUUCAGGGCCUUCGGAAGGGAGUGGACGUGCAGCGGUUCACUGCGGAUGACCAAUAUAAAAGGGAAACUAUUCUUGGCCUGGCAGAGACCCUUGAAGAAAAUGUCUACAACAUUGCACUUUCUCUGGCACAGCGGUGCAGCAUCUCCCAGUGGGAAGUGUUUAUGACCCAUCUGGAAUUCCUGUUCACAGACAGUGGUUUGUCAACAGGAGAAAUUGAAAAGCGGGCCCAAGCCCUUCAUCUCUUUGAGACUUUGAAGACUGAUCCUGAAGCCUUUCAGAAGCACAUGGCCAAAUAUAUUUAUCCCAGUAUUGGUGGCCUUGAUCAUGAAAGGCUACUGUAUUAUUUCACUCUUCUGGAAAACUGUGGCUGUACAGACUUUGGGACACAUGACAUUAAGCCAGAAAUCCACAUUCGGCUGCUGAAGAAGUUUAAAGUUGUCGCAUCAGGUCUUAAUUACAAAAAAUUGACAGAUGAAAAUAAGAGUCCUCUUGAAGCAUUGGAGCCAGUUCUUUCAAGUCAAAAUAUCUUAUCUAUUUCCAAACUUGCUCCCAAAAUCCCUGAAAAGGAUGGACGGAUGCUUUCGCCCAGCUCUCUGUACACCGUUUGGUUACAGAAGUUAUUCUGGACUGGAGACCCUCACCUCAUCAAGCAAGUACCAGAGUCCUCCCCAGAGUGGCUUCACGCUUAUGAUGUCUGCAUGAAGUACUUUGAUCGCCUCCACCCGGUUGACCUCAUUGAUGUUGUGGAUGCAGUUACAUUCUCUCCAAAGGCCGUGGCCAAGCUGUCUGUGGAAGCACGUGAAGAGAUGACUAGAAAAGCCAUUAAAACAGUCAAACAUUUUAUUGAGAAGCCAAAGAAAAGAAAUUCAGAAGAAGACAUUCAGGAAGCUAGUGAUUCUAAAGUUACCUAUGUGGAUACUUUGAAUCAUCUGGAGAAAUCACUUGCCCACCUGGAAACUCUGCACCAUAGCUUCAUCCUUUCUCUGAAGAAUAGUGAUCAGGAAAUACUGCAGAAAUACGGUGACCUCUAUGACCUAUCCCGAUCAGAAAAGGGGAAACUUCACGACCAAGCUGUGACCAUGUGUUUGGAUGGUCAGCCUCUAAGAAUGAUUCAGCAGCUACUUGAGGUGGCGGUCGGUCCUCUAGACAUCUCACCCAAGGAUGUAGUACAGAGUGCAUUAAUGAAAAUAAUUUCUGUCUUGAGUGGUGCCAGUGACAACCUUGGUGAGCCAAGGGACCCCCUCCAGGUCCUGGAAGGUAUUGUUGCAGCAGUCCAUGCCAGUGUGAACAAGGGGGAGAAGCUGGUGUCACCUGAAGAUCUGCUGGAAUGGCUGCGACCUUUCUGUGCCGAUGAUGCCCAGCCUGUGCGGCCCCGUGUCCAUGUGCUGCAGGUCCUGGGGCAGUCAUUCCACCUGACGGACGAGGACGGCAAACUCCUCAUGCUCUUUAGAACGGAGGCCAUUCUCAAAGCUGCUUGGCCCCAGAGACAGGUAGACAUAGCAGACGUUGAGAAUGAAGAGAACCGCUACUCUCUGUUUGUGGAACUCUUGGCAUCUAGUCAGCAUGAGGUUGAAUUUCAGCACUUGGCUUUGCUCUUGCAAGCAUGGCCGCCUAUGGAAAGUGAAAAUAUAACCAGCAUAACCAGUAAUCCGUGGGUGAGACUAGCUACAGAAAUGCUGACCAGGUGUACAGCGGAGAGCAAGGAGGAGCUGGGGAACGAAGUGCUGAAGAUCUGUCGCUCUUUAUAUGGCACCAAGCGUAUGCUGCCGGCAGCGGGCGUGAAGGAGCUGAGCCUGCUUCUGCUGCAUCAGUCCCUCCUCCUCCCGUCUCUGAAACUUCUCCUCGAGAGCCAAGAUGAGAACCUGUACGCCUUGGCCCUGGAACAAAUCUCAGCUGUCAGCACGGUGACUGUCUCCAGCUGUGACCAGGAACUUCUUUCCCUGCUCCUGGAUGCCGGACUGUUGGUGAGGUGUGUCCGCACUCCCUUCUAUCCGCGCCUCAUUGGCCACCUCUUGGGCAGCCUCCAGCAAGGGCGCUGGGAUGCCGAGGAGCAGGCCAAACUCCUGUGGGAAGCCGGUCACCAGGCUGAAGCGGGCUCCCUCCUGCUGGCCACCAGGGGGACUCAUCGGGCCCUGAGAACUUUCAGCACAGCCCUGGGUGCCGGGCAGCACUGGGUGUGACUCGCCUUCGCUGACCCUACUCUGGGGGCAGGGAGCAUCAGAGCGGAGCGCUGUUCCCAGGUCGGCAGGAGCAGCAGCUGACUGUCUCAGUGGUUCCAACAAAUUGCAAAUAAAGCUGUAUAUGAAUGGUGA